AUGAUUUGGUCCAAGGAAAAACUGCCAGUCUGGAUACCAAUAUAUUUUCUCUCUCUAGAUGAAACAAAACAUCGAUGUAAUAUUUGUGAUACUGAAGUAGCUGUUACAGAAAAGAAGUUUGAAUUGCUCACUCACCUUAAAGAAAAUCAUCACGAAAUUAUAGAGCUUCAUAAGGAACAUCCUGAUACAGAUGGGGGGGGUUAUCAAAUAGAAUUUCUACAGUUAAGCUCAAAAGAUGAUACCAUGAAACUAGAACCAGUUAUACUGGGGAAUUAUGUGUGCCACCUCAUGAUUAUGCUCUUAAAAUACAAUAGAAAACGAAGUUGGGUGUGGAAGUACUUUGUACAAAUGACCAAGACAAUAUAUCGUUGUAGUUUAUGCAAUGUAGUGUUAUCAAUAAAGGGUAGUAAUUCCAAUAAUAUGAACCGGCACAUACGAACCAGACAUUUUUCUACAUACACAAGUGAAAUAAGUUGUAAAACUAAUAAAGAAAUUGAGGCUGAACAGGAAGCUGAGGUUGUGCAACCACCUAAGACUAAAGGUUCACGUAUGGACAGUAGAAAGUUACGACGUAGCUGGGUCUGGUCGUUCUUCACACUGGUUUCGCGAACGCGCGCCCGUUGCAAGAUUUGUAAACGGAUUAUAUCCCACGGAGGGAAUGCUACAGGGAAUAUGAACCGUCAUCUUAAGAUUGUGCAUAAUAAAUUUGCAGAUCAAAGUGAUUGGGUGUGGAAGGUGUUCGAGGCAGUAGAAGAUGUGUAUGCGUGUAAAAUAUGUGAUUUUCAAUUUAUGAAGUAUAACGAUAUGGACCUUACAAAGACGAUUUUAGGCCACUUAAAGGAUGAACACAAUGUUGUCUCUGGAUCGCAAAUUAUUACAAGUGAUUCUUUUGUCGUUAAGAACAAUAACUAA